AUUAUUUUAUUCAUACGAAUUGAAAAUGUCCCAAACAAAUUUCCUUCACAGGCAGAAGUGAGCUCAUUAUCCAGCCAAUAACAGAAACAGAACCGACUUUAGAAUUUCUCGGCCACCGGAGAGUCACAGCGACGGUGAAAAAUGAUCAUCUCCGGCUCUGCAAAUCUCCCUCCUCCUUCUUCUUCCGCCGCCCCUACAACUCCCAUCGCCAAAUGUUUCCUCUUCAAACCCCAUCUCUCCAUCCCCAACGCCGCCAAAUUCUGCCGGACCAUUCCCUCCGCCGUGUCUUCCUCUUCCACCCAUUUCGUUUCUGGAUCCUCCAAUUGGGCGCCUGAAUCUUGGAAAUCCAAAAAGGCCCUUCAGCUCCCUGAAUAUCCUGACCCAAAUGAGCUCGAGUCCGUGCUUCGCGUUCUCGAGUCAUUCCCACCGAUCGUCUUCGCCGGCGAGGCUCGCAAGCUCGAGGAGAGUCUCGCGAAGGCCGCCGUUGGCGAAGCAUUUCUGCUUCAAGGUGGGGAUUGUGCUGAGAGCUUCAAGGAGUUUAAUGGGAACAAUAUUAGGGAUACGUUCAGGGUUUUGCUGCAGAUGGGUAUUGUUCUUACGUAUGGAGCUCAAAUGCCUAUUAUAAAGGUAGGAAGAAUGGCAGGACAAUUUGCUAAACCCAGGUCAGAUCCGUUUGAGGUUAAAGAUGGUGUAAAGCUACCGAGUUAUCGUGGAGAUAACAUCAAUGCAGAUGCUUUCAAUGAGAAAUCUCGAACCCCGGAUCCCCAAAGAUUGAUUAGAGCAUAUCUUCAAUCCGUAGGCACAUUGAACCUUCUUAGAGCAUUUGCCACUGGAGGAUACGCUGCAAUGCAGAGAGUUUCUCAAUGGAAUCUUGACUUCGUUCAACACAGUGAGCAAGGAGACAGGUAUAAAGAACUUGCUCAGAGGGUGGAUGAAGCGCUGGGAUUUAUGGCAGCUGCUGGAAUCACUAUGGACCAUCCUAUAAUGAACACAAUUGAUUUCUGGACUUCCCAUGAGUGCCUUCACUUACCAUAUGAGCAAGCCUUGACGAGGGAGGACUCAACGACAGGCCUCUACUAUGAUUGUUCUGCUCACAUGCUUUGGGUAGGUGAGAGGACUCGACAGUUGGAUGGUGCACAUGUCGAAUUCCUGCGCGGCGUGUCUAAUCCUCUUGGCAUUAAGGUAAGUGACAAAAUGGAUCCUUCAGAGCUAGUUCAGUUAUGUGAGAUUUUGAAUCCACGCAACAGACCUGGGCGUCUUACGAUUAUCACCCGAAUGGGAGCAGAUAACAUGCGAGUCAAGUUGCCUCAUCUCAUUAGAGCCGUACGCCAGGCUGGGCUUAUUGUCACAUGGGUGAGCGAUCCGAUGCAUGGUAACACAAUAAAGGCUCCAUGUGGUCUCAAGACUCGAUCAUUCGAUUCAAUAAGGGCUGAGUUGAGAGCUUUCUUCGAUGUUCAUGAACAAGAAGGGAGCUAUCCUGGAGGAGUACAUCUAGAAAUGACUGGACAAAACGUAACAGAGUGCGUCGGAGGGUCAAAGGAAGUGACCUUCGACGACCUGAAUUCUCGCUACCAUACUCACUGUGAUCCAAGACUGAAUGCUUCUCAGUCGCUGGAGUUGGCAUUUGCAAUAUCCCAAAGGCUGCGAAGGAAAAGGAUGCGUUCUAAGCCUGGCUUUGAUGGGGUGCUCGUAGAAAAUGGGUUUGUUGCUUAGGUUCUUUCAUAAUGUGUUCUUUGCUAUAAUAUGAACAAGUUGCAACUCCCAUAUCUUUUCUGUUGAGGUAAUAAUAAAAUGUAUAUCCGGAAAUUGAUUUUUCUGCCUUUAA